AUGGCUGAACAGGGCCUUGUUGCAGAGGCGGAGUCUCUUUUCAACUACCUUAACGAGAAGCAUGCACAAGGAGUUGAGAUUGACCGCACGCGUGGCGUCUGGGUAUCUAUAGGCUUUAAGGAGUUGGAGCCAUAUUUCCAGGCACUUUUGUCUUCCGCCUCCACAUCAGCCGCCAACGCCAACGGAGCCGGCUCGGUGGAUAUUGUCAGCGAUGCUGCUAGUAUUAUCACAAGUACUAGCAUUCUAAACCCCGAACAACUUUCCAACUUAAAACAAUCCUGUCUCAGCUCCAUAAAGUCUGCGACGCGGCAUUAUUAUCGCCAGCAGAUACGAUGGAUAAGAGGCCGGUUAUGGAAUGCGCUAACAGACGCGCAUGCUACACGGCAGCUAUACGUUAUCGACUCGACAGACGCUUGUAGCAAUCCCAGCGCAUGGCAGAGCGCCGUGCGCGAGCCAGCUGAACGUGUCGUGGAGUCGUUUUUAUCCCGUGGUGUUGCAGAGUGCCCGGAUCCCCGGGAGCUUUCGGAAGCUGCGAAAAGAGUGUUUGAGACGCAAUUACAGAGCUCCGUGGCGGCUGGGGCGGUGGAGGGGGAAGAACGGGCCCGACAGAGGACUGUGUUCAAAUGUUCGACAUGUGACUUUUUGGACAUAAUCGGCAGUUUUUGA